AUGAGUUUGCUCGCAAUUAACACGGUUGACCGACUGGACCGUCCCAGCGCUUACUAUGCUGGAAAAAAUAAACGACGCAGAUACGAGGACGAAGAGAAAAAGGACGACCCCGUGGACAAGCUGGCAGAUGCUACCACCCUCUACGUCGGAAAUCUAUCAUUCUACACAACCGAAGAACAGAUCCAUGAACUUUUCUCCAAGUGCGGUGAGAUCAAGCGAUUGGUCAUGGGACUCGAUCGGUUCAACAAGACACCCUGCGGAUUCUGCUUCGUUGAAUACUACACCCACCAGGCUGCUUUGGAUUGCCUGAAAUAUGUUGGAGGCACGAAGCUUGAUGAGCGAAUCAUCCGAACUGAUCUGGACCCUGGCUUUGAAGAGGGUCGCCAAUACGGACGCGGUAAAUCUGGCGGACAAGUUCGCGAUGAGUACCGCGACGAAUACGACCCGGGCCGUGGCGGAUAUGGCCGCGCUUAUGACGAGCAGCGUGCACGAGAGGAAGAGGAAUACGGACAAGGAAAGUAG